AUGGAUUUACGCAGUGGUUAUUAUGAUAUGGACAAGUUAGGCAAUGACAUGGGCAAGUUAGGCAAGGACACAAAUCAACUAGAAACUAUGGGUAACGAAGAAGACAAAAACGCGACAUCAACUCAAGACCGAACAAUUAACUCCUGGGUCGGCAUUGCACUAGCUUUUCUGUAUGGUGUAUGCAGUGCUGUUGGUGCUAUGUUUAUUAUAUGGGCACAAAAUGGAGGAGCCUCUCAAUUCCAGAUUGCGUUUAUUACGCAAUUAGUUGUCACUAUAGUCGCUGUCAUAGCGAUUAUCAUUAAGAAAAUUUCCAUUUCCUCCGACAAUUUUUGUGAUACUUUCUUGAUACUGGGUAAUGGGAUGAUACGAGCGUUAGCAGAGAUUGCAAUUUACUACGCCUUGCCAAGAGCGCCUCUAGGAAACAUCAUGGUCAUCGUUUACGGAGGCAUCCCAAUAAUAACUUCGAUUUUUUCAUGGCUGUGUCUUAAAGAAAAAUGCCGCUGCACUGAUAUUAUUGCGUUUUUCCUCGUUGUUCUCGGCGUACUAAUGAUUGCAAGACCGGACUUUUUUCUUCAGCCGCGAAAUCCUGAAUUAGCACGCGAGGAAGACAUCGCUUACAUCUGCGCCGCCAUUGGUUCAAUUGGAUUAGCCACAUCGCUAUUGAUUACCCGCUCCAUUGGGGAGUCUGUACAUCCGAUUACUACUAUGUUUUACUAUGGAAUCAUAUCAGCUCUGUUGAAUGCUAUUAUACUUGUAUUUAUCACGACUUCACAGGAUUGGGACUUGCCUAGUUUUGCAUGGUGGUCCUUGUUAGGUGCUUGUAUCUUCGUAACUCUUUCUGACUGGAGUCUAUUCAGUGCACUACAGCUGGAAACUGCAACAACAGUAGUUCUUAUAGGUGAAGUUCAAAUUUGCAUCACUUAUAUAUUGGAUCUUUUCGUUUUGAAUAAUGUACUAGAUGUGUUGGACUUCGUUGGAGCGGCUCUCGUUCUUGCUGCAUCGCUCAUCGUAGCUAUCGCAUCGUGUUGGUCAAAUAAAACCAAAAAAGAAGACAAUGAACUUCAACAACUUGUAAUCAAAGAUGCCAAACAAAAAUAA